GUUAUAAUGGGUGUGGCCCACCCUAUAAUCUGCCAAAAUUGAAAAGAGAUCUAGCUAGCUAGCUUGCAUGACCUGAGAAAGAUGUCGGGAAGCGCCCAAGGUAGUUUCAUAGUGUUAAUAGUGCUCGGUCUAUUCACCUGGAGAUGUGCUUGUCAGUCAGACUGCAGGACUCCACCGAGUAUAACCGUCACUCCCAGUACCAACCAGACGGUACCCAUCAACACAGACACCAGCGUCACCUAUCGUUGCCAAGUUACCAAUGGCCUUAGGGCGGAUUGGACUUUUAUGGGUAUUCCAAUUCCCAUUGGGUCAGCCGAUCAUGCCUUGUUGGGUUCACUCGGUGUUAACAUUUCAGCUGGCGCUAGUCAAAGUGAUAUCUACUUGACAGUGGACAGGAACGGAAGGGAGACUUACUCAAACAGAGACUUGAAGAUAGUGUGUACUGAAUUGAUCACCACUCCAGUGCUUAUGAUCCAAACAAGUUGUGACUACUUCAUCAGGACUUUUGAUAUCCCAGAGCCUCCGCCCAACCUGGACUUUAACCCUUUACCCACUAACGUCUCCGUACUGAUGAUCACAUGGGACCAACCUGGUAACACACUAAUCGAUGAAGAUGCCCCCGUCACUACCACCUACACUGUGACUGUGACUGGACCGACCUUCAACUUCAACGUGACCACUACAGACACAAGUUAUUCAUUUGUGGACGAUAUCGACGAGCCUUGUGCUAUGCAUAACUUCCAGGUUCACGCGUCCAAUGCAGCUGGUGACGGUAUACCUGAUGUUAUCAACGAGACUAUCCCCAUUUCUCCUGACAUUGACGAUUUGAGUGCUGGUCUAAAAGUGAGUCGAGUGUUUGUCACCUCACCCACCACCGUUACCGUGGAGGCCACUUUCCCGCGAGCGCUGGCCUGCAGUCCCAACUUCCCCUUGAACUUGUACCUCCUCAACACAAUGGGUGUGGUGACCACCAGCUUCUCAGCCAAUGACUCCGGAAUAGUGGGUCGUGAGACGAUAGCUCUGAACAUGACCUCCUCACAGGUGCUGCCCAACAUGGUGUACUCACUCACCGUGUCUGCCUGUAUCUCAGUCACUUGUCGGGAAUCCUCUGCUGUGUCCUUCAUGACCACAGACGUACAAUCAGCCAACAUCACGUUCUUCGAGUCCUACGUCUUCCUGAGCUGUUUGUUUGCCGUGGGGUCGACCGCUCGAGGCUGUGUGUUUGUGUUCACUGUGUCUCCCAACAUCACAGAAGAGUUCACCGUGGCCAGGACGGACAGAUCACUGUGUAAUGAGAUACUCAACAUGGAGAAUGUGUACACCGAUAUCGAGGUUUUGGACUGGGAAUCGGACGGGAGUUAUGGGAAUGUGUCUGUGAUACCGGCCAGAAUGAGAGUGGAGACUGGUGAAGAGUACAUGGAGGCAACUAACUGCGCAUUGCCAACUCCAGUGACUGUCACGGAAAAUGUUGGACUAUCAGCUGGUGCUAUUGCGGGUAUCGUACUGGCUGUACUCUUUCUGCUAGUGGUUGCUGUUGUUGUCGUGAUUGUCAUAGGGAUAUGUGCUAUGCGACAAACAAAGAAGGCCGGCGAGGCCGAGGUGUGUGUGGACUGUGCUCCCGAGAGCGGCUCCCUGUUGCCUGGCAGGGACUCACCAGAUGCUGCUCCUAUACCACUCGAUGAUUCUCAGGCUGGUGGACCUCCUCCUCCGAGAAGUUUGGAGAAGCUGACGUUCCAAUUGAAGCCCGGUCGUAAGAAUGGAGAGCUGGUGCUCAACAAGACAAUGUUGGACCGGCUCAGCGAAAUGAUGGGAACCAAUUCUGAGGUCAAGUACACAUUCCUGGUGCCAGAGAAAUAGCCAGCCACAAUUUCGGCUUUGACAUUAGUAGGCAAAAAUAUAUUCUUGUAACAUUCUCAGUUCUGUCUAACGUGCGUACCUUUAUACUCCUUGUUUAUAAUUACAUGUAUGCCAGGCAUUUUUAGCUCACCCAAAUCUUAGACCAUUAUGUGAAAUUUAGUUUCUAUUCUGCUCUGUGAUUGUUCGUCAACUACAUGUACUAUAAUUAUAGAUUAUACAAAUAGCUAUAAUUAUAUCCUUGACUCAUUUUUCUUCAAAUUAAUGUUUGUUAUAAUUAUCUGCCACGUUCAAUAAUUAUUGUGAAUAUAAAAA